AAGAGAUAUGCCAUCAGAUACUGGUCUUGUGCAAUAAAAGGAAAACACACUGUUCAACAGACGUCGUCUGAGAAAGCCCAGCAUUUUGGAAUAUCCCAGCACAUAGAUGACUUCGAUCUUGACUGUGAAGGAAUUCUGUUUCUGGUCUGGUUUCUCUUUUAGGUUGUUGAGGAUUAAUGGCUGAGACAUAUAUAGCUGGGAACAAUGCUGCUCUGCAUUCUCAUAGCAAACACAAACGUAUAGCACUUCAAGACUUUCUUCUCGUGAACUGGUCCUGCGUGUUCAACAUUGUGUGACAGUGCCAACAUUUUGAAGACAAAAAAGAAAUGAAGAAACAUGGGCGUGUUUGCGGGAGCCGCUGCCUGGGUCCCAUGAAAUUUCUUUCUGGAGUGGAGGGAAACGCAGGGCUUCUCGCCUCCAGGGAGACGGCGUCCCGCACAGACAGAUGUGUUUUCCUUUGCCGCGCAGUAAAAGUAAAUGAGAAGGUCACGAUACAGAUCGAAAGUGGACUCUUGUCGCGGGACAGUCACAGAGCUAUCGGGAUCGGGUUUACUAAUGCCUCACCGCUCAAUGCUGCACGGGGCCUGAGGGACAGUCCACACACCGGUGUAGUACCACUACCGGAGGACUUGUGUCUGCCUGGUGCACAAUUUGAGUUCUGGAUGAAUUAUGCACAUUUUGUGAUUAUCCGGGCAAGCGAUCGAAAGAAAUAUUACAUGAAAGCAGAGGGACUAAAUCUGCAUGAGCCGCUGUUUGUUUUCUUGGAUUUUCGUGGAAGCACGAGCACAGUGCGGCUUUUGGGUUCAAAGAAGGGGGAUCGCACGUCCUGCACUUUCAUUCCAUCAGACCCAAUAGGAAGCAAAGAGCAAGCUCUUAAUGACAACCUCCUUAACCUCAGUCUCAUCUCUGAUGAUAAUGCAAAUUCAGACCAAACUGUUUUCAGAGAUGCACCAGCAUGGCAAGCUAGUCCCUCCCACCCACAUACUCGUCCACGUGUAUCUAGUCAAAGAUCAGGUCAAGGCGAACAGAGACAGACUGCAGACAACAGAGGUUUAAAGAGAAGACUUCACUCUUCAGUGGAGGAGACGGAUGUGACGUCUUUGCUGAGAACAUUUCAACUGCAGUAUCUCAGCUCUAAUGAGGUACAUCUGAUCAUCCAGAGGACAAGGCUUCUGAGGAGUGCGUUCGAUGCUUUUUCCAACAGGAACUUCUCCUGGACCAAAAAACCUUUUAUCACGUUCGCUGGCGAGGAGGCUUUCGACAACGGUGGUCCGAGGAGAGAGUUUUUUAGGCUCCUGAUGAUGGAAGUGCAAAGCAGCCUGGGCGUUUUUGAGGGAAACCCAAAACACUUGUUCUUCACUUACGACCAGAUUGCUUUGCAGCAGCGUAAAUACGAGCAAGCUGGGAAACUGGUAGCUUGGUCUGUCGUUCACGGAGGACCAGGACUCAAAGCUCUAGACCCUCACCUUUACCAGCUCAUGUGUGGCGUACAGACAGACCUAACAGACUUUGACUGGCAUCUCAUACCAGAUCCCGACGUCCAAAGAAAAGCAGAAAAAAUUUUAUCCUGCAGGACAGCUGAACACCUCUGUGCUCUGCAAAGAGAAUUAGGAGACUGGAUCAGUGAUUGUGGAUUUCCAGGCAUUUAUAGACCGAACAUUUGCAUCCAAGACGUUCCUAAGAUUUACUCCUAUGUCGUGAGGCACUAUAUUUAUCUCAGGGUGUCGAAUAUGAUCGACCAGUUCAUCAAAGGCUUGAACUCAUGCGGAAAGCUGUGGAACAUAGUAAAAGCCAACUGGAUCGAUUUCCUGCCUAUUUUUACCAAAACGUACGAACGGCUAUCGCGAUCAUCAUUCAGAGCCCUGUUCGAAAUCAGCUGGAGUGCCGAAGGUACCAAGAGGAGAGAGGAGGAAGAGGCAACUAUCUACUACUGGGAAAUGGUGCUUAAGAUGAUUGAGGAACAAGAGACAGAGCUGCGUUUCGAAGAGCUGCUUGUUUUUAUCACGGCGUCAGAUGAGGUUCCAGUGUUGGGGUUCCCUGAAAAACUCAGCAUCCACUUCUACAAGCCUGAGACGAGAGGCUGUCGUCUACCCUACGCGUCCACAUGCAUGAUGGGACUUUUCCUUCCACGGGGGAUCAGGAGUCACGUAAAACUCAACCAGAUGCUGCUGAGAGCAGUGAGGGACUCGAGUGGAUUUGGAAAAUCAUAAGAUUAUAUUGUGUUGGAAGCCUCGGGAGAACUUUCUGUUGUUGUGAGAAGAGAAACUUAACACAUAUGUUCCAUCGUAAGACUGGAUAUAAAAAGGGAAAACGUUAUUUCUGUGCUGAGGAUUCGUAUCAGAACACUAUCAUGUUUAAACAGGUGGUUAAAAAAUAUGAUAUUUAUUUAUGGUUUCCCUUAUAAAUAUGUAUCUGUGUGUGUGUGUGUGUGUGUGUGAGAGAGGGAAAUAAAAACCAUCAUGUAAAAACCA